AUGGCCGCCGCCACGACGUCGCUGUACGCGUCCGUCGCGCCGCAGUUCACGCGCGCGCUGCUGCGUCCAGGACUGUGCGUGGGCUACUCGGACGCAGGCGGCCGCAUCGAUCAGCUUCUGCUCCACUUUGUCGAAGUGACUGCCGUCGAAAAGGUCGACAGCGACCGGUUCUUGACGUGCGUUUAUCUGGUCACAUGCGAAGAUCUGGACAAGUACAAGAGCAUCGUGCGGCCUGCAGUAGCGGCGUGGGUAGCAGCGAUGACUGCUGCUCACAUGGAGUGGCUCGUGGUCUACGUGCCCCUCGGGACGCGGCCCAAAGCAGCUGGCACGAACGCACCCAAUGCUGUGUACAAGAAGAUCUAUGACCGUCUACGAGCUGACUGUGUGCACAAGAGGAACAGUGGAGCGGCGGCAUCAAGUGCGUCGAGUGGGUCUCUGCUGCAAGAGAGAGUCUGCAAGAUCGAUGCGCUGGAAGGCACGAGUGUCGUGGGCCAGCGGCAGCAGCAGCAUGAGUCCCAGUGGACGGAAGUGCUGCUGCGACUGAGGCGGUGUGUCAUGCACGCGUUCCAGACCAAGUGUUUUCAGUACGAAGAGAGGCUAAGGAUGCUCGACACAAAGCGGGGGCUAGCAGGGUGGGACUUUGGCGCUUUCUUUGUCGCGAAAGAGAGACUAGCCUUGAUGUACCAGCAAAUGUGUCUACAAGACGAUGCAAUUCGACAUUUGGACGAGCUGGACGCGAUUUUUAUCAACUCGAGUGCGACAGAAAAGCGAGCGUUUCAAUCUGCCAACAGCACAGUGUUCGAGCGACACGACCCCAUCUUCACACAGUCUCCGCUGACACUAGACCUUUACGAAGUUCAGCAGCUCAUUGCAUCCAACCGCGCGUCAGCCCGACAUAUCUUACUGUACUGUUUUUGUCGGCAGAUCCGCACACUGUAUGUCAUGGGUAGUUAUUGUCAGCUAUUGGAGCGUGCCAGCUCGUUUAUCGAGUUGUUUCUGAGCGAAUUGAAGGAGCUAGCAUCUGAAGGCAUUCUGGAUUGGCACCAACCCUUUUUGUGGGCGCUAGGCGCGUGUAUGGAAGUUUCGCGUGCAUGUGAGUUGUCGUGGAGUGGCCGUGAUGAUGAACGAGCGGCUUUCAGCGUACUUGAACAAACGACCCAAGCAAAUUCUACCGCGGCAAUGUCUCGCGCUCUUGGAAGUGUGUUCUACCUUGCACGACGAAUACUCAAGAGCGCUGCGAAGUUUAUACGAAACAGGAAUAAUUCUCAUAUGUCGCGUCCGAAUACAACAAAUGCCGAUCCUGCAGACGUGUCGGUAACAUGGUAUCAUCAACUCGAGCAAGCGUUCGUGUCUCCGGAAUGGCAGCGAUCAGGAACUUGUGGCUUCUACGAGCAUUGCCUAUCCGAGAUUACACGUCUCGCUUCGAUGCACUUUUCACAGUCUGGCCGCCACCGUUUUGCUGUGUUUCUUGACGCGGAAUGUGCACAGUACCAUAUUGCACGUGGGGAAUACAAGAGUGCAUUGCGACUUCUGCGUGCGCUUAUGCAGCGAAGCAAGCAAGAUGGUUGGUGGUCAAUAUAUGGUGCUUGCGUGCAAAGUGUCUACCGUGCAGAGCUGAGCUUAGGGCGAUUCUCACAAGCGAUGGCGGCCUGCCUUACGUUGUUGCAGCUUGCGCAGAAAGGACAAGACAAUGGGAGCAACGAACGGAUGGCACAGCUUAUGGUUGCUCAUUUGGCUCGUCACGAUAGUAGGAAAGCGGCAAGUGAAGUCGUUGUCUCAGCUGGAGAUAUCGGCAGCCUUCGCAGCGAUCCGGCCAUGGGCAUGGACGAAUUGUUCAAGUGUACGCUGGCAGUCGAGACAGCUCUGACUGGUGGCAGCGUACUAGAGCACGGGGAUAUUUGUGCUGCCUUGGCCAUCGCAAGUGCGUUUCCUGGGAACGUGCUGUUUGAUAAAGUUUGCGUUCGGUUUGCAAAGACGAUAUGCCCGCGUAAGACUUUGGCCACAAAAGCGUCAUCGGACUGUGAGUAUCCGGGACUGAAUGAAAGCAUUGAUGUUGACGCUUGCGUUGUGAGCAUUGCAGAAAAGGCGUCGGGUGACACGUUGGCACACGAGAUCAACUGCCGUCACUCGAACAGGACUGUCAUGGUCGAGUCAGCAACGACUUGUGACGAUGCUACUGAGAACGUCCACGGGCAGGACACAGAAUUGAUACUGGAGAAGAACGACGUUCACGUCGAUGACAAAACGGGUGUCAGUUUGGUGUUCCGACACGCAGACGUCCCGGUAGGGCAAUACACAUGCACUGGUGUCGAGUGCGUCCUCGCGGGAAACACUUUUUGCUUGCUCUCGCCUAGCGCGCUUCCCCUCGUUGAUUUCGAAAUUUGUGCCGAAGGAAGCGCGAUAGAAGUCGCUAUUGACGGAGCCCCGCUACUUGUGCCGCGGCCGUUCGCAGAAGUGGAAACGGUUGCAGUCUCGAUCGAGGCGAACAACGACACGGCGACAAAUGGAGUCCUCGAUCCGCUGACGGAGACCGUGCGUCUAAAACGCGUCGGCAUGAGAAUAUUCGCGUCCAUCACACUCGUGUGCAAUCCUUUCAUUUCCAUUGUUCUUCAAGGAUACCGACUGCGAUGCCCCGGACAAGCUGGCAACCAUCCGUCGAUACGUGUAGAGCAAGACUUGAACGCAAAGUUGCGAGGCUCAACUCUGCAGCCGGAUGACCGCCUGCAUCUUGCGUUCACACUAGCCUGCAGCACAGAUUUCGAGAAGGCGGUGUCUGACAGCUACUGCGCACUUCAACUCGAUAUCACGUUCGGUGGCAAUGAAACAUGGCUGAAGACCUUGACUGUACGUGUGCCGCUGACGGCCGUUAUAGGGCGAUGCUACCGAAUCGAUAUACGCCCAGAAGGCCAGGACGACGUGCAGAUGUAUACCGGCAAAAUUGUCGAGACGUCUGCUAGCAAACCUGUCACCUUCCAAGUCCGGGUGCAAGAGGAAACGAAGAAGUCGAACGAGGCCACCACGGCAAACGACGACAGAACCACGUUAUCGUUACGUCUGGACGAAAGCAGCGAGCACGACUGGAUUUUGCUGGGAAAGCAGCUCGAGCGCUUUCAUUUCGACCGUUGCUCACAGAGUCAUGAUGAAGAUUGGCGCAAGUUCGAGACACAGAAAAGGUUCUUGGCCACCCGUUCAGGUCUACUGCGAUUCCCUGCUUUCCUCCUUGAGGUCGACGGCAAUCCGGUUCCGGCCGCACGCGUAUACUGUCAACAGAGCUGCCGGCAAGUAUUAGCAAGCGAAUGA